AUGAAGUCAGUAGAAAUCAAAUUAUCUCAACACAGUCCUCAACAACACAGAGAUCCAGCCAUGGCACCUACAAUCACUUCAGCUGUGAUCUACUGUAAUGGGCACCUGACUCUGACCAACACGGUAAAUUGAGUUACAAAUAGUGUCACAUUGUUUCAGUAUUUGCUUCUAGAAUACAGCCAUUCAUGUCAGCUCUGUUGUAUUCAGAAUAAGAUUAUUAAUGACUCUCCUCUUCUCUUCUUGCAGCUAAGAAAGCCAGUGGUUGAGAAGUUACGCAGAGAUCGUAUCAACAACAGCAUUGAGCAGCUCAAGUCUCUCCUGGAUCCAGAGAUCCUCAACCAGCAGCCAGAUUUCAAACUGGAGAAAGCCGACAUCCUGGAGAUGACAGUUUGCUUGCUGAGACGACAGCAACAGAACCAGCCAGUGAGCUCCUCCUCCUGCUCAGCACCAUUCAAUCAGGGUUACUCCAGGUGUGUCCAAGAGAUUGUGCACUUCCUGUCCAAGGAUGAGGUGAAGACACAGACCCAGAGACUGCUGAGCCACUUCCAGAGCCUGCAGCCAUCCUCUGAUAAGAACAGGAGGGAGAGUGACCUGCCUCAGUUGAGCUCCCCACCCCAGCCCAGCAAAGCAUCAGCAAAGAGAAGAGUCCAGUCAACAGCACUCUCUGGAGGCCUUGGUAGAGUCCUACAGACUGGAGGUCCACUAUCAGACAAACUCAAUGGACCAUAUUGGUCUAACAUUAAUGUAAUUGACAGUGAUCAGAGAUCUUCUUCAUCUUCUGCUUAAGCAGGAUGUUUUAAAAUGUGUGUUUCGCUUGAAACUUUUCAUUUCAGUUGUACUGAACAAGUAAAACAAUUAUUUUUCUUACAAAGAAAACGAUGAAAUCUACAAACACUGCAUUUCUGUAAUUUUAAUAACCUUUAUGUUUUGUGAAGCAUGUGUUGAUUAUGUUGAUCAUGUGUUUAUUCAUGAUUAACAUCAACUUCAAUGGUCCUCCAUGAGGACUUCUAACCCAAAAUUGGUAUUUUUAUCACCAAUCUUUUUCUUAUUGUCUAUAGAGCCCCACAGUGGUGGUGUCAUAAUCCCCAUAAAACCUAACGUUCGAACAGGGAAAUGGUUCCAAUAGCUUUUCCACCAUUCAUUUUUCCCAUAGGGGAUUUUAGAAACACUUAAAAUAAGGGCUGUGUUUCGUGUAGGCUUACCCUGGCGUAACGUUUUGCUAACCAUGUAAAUCUCUCUCGAACAAGGUGACUUUUAUCUGUAUUUACUCUCAAAUUCAAAAAUGACAAUUAGCAUCAAAGUAGACAUAAUGCAAAUCUACAAAUCCCUGUAAGCUCCUGCACGUCAUCUCUAGCUGACACCUUUGCUAAAAGGUAUUGUGUCAAUUUAAAACUUGCACAAGACAGUUCACAGAAUUGUCCAUUUAAAGAAAUGUAGCCAAUUGAUUCAUUACUACAUUUAACAUUAGAUACUUAGUCCUGAGUUUCUUACCUUUGCCUCGAUUCGGCAGUCUCAUCCAGAUCAUCAUGGCAUUUGUAGUUCUUUAUGAUAGCCACAUUAGCAGCUAAAUAGCAUUUGAUUUUUUGUGGGUAAAUACAGGCAAAUAUAUUGAUAAAAGUCACCUUGUCCUAGAGAGAUUUUCAUGGUUAUCAAAAUGUCACACCAGGGUAAGCCUACACGAAACACAGCCCUUAACUGUUUAAGUGUUUCUAAAAUACCCUAACGGGAAAAAAUGAAUGGUGGAAAAACGAUUGGAACUAUUUCCCUGUUUGACCGCUAGGUUUUAUGGGUAUUAUGACUCAUAUUGUUGUACUCCAUCAUCGAUCUUUGUAAAGGUCAACACGUAUUCAAGAAUUAGCAAUUUUGUUACAACUACAUUUUUGUAGUUAUAUGGUGAUAUUGACAUUAUAUUGAGCAUCUUCUGUGAAGUAUGUAUCAGUAUUAGUUAGGCAUUUGUUAUUGAUCAACUUGAGCUACAUCAUCACUGAUCCUCCAUGAGGAUUAUUUACCCAAACUGGGUAUUAUACCUGUUAUCAUCACUCUGUGAUUAGAAAUAAUUGAUCUGUUUUUAGAUCAGACUUUAUGUGUGAAAAUGUUGCUCACAUUAUUUGAAUAAUGUGUAUAUUGUAAAGGGGAGAAAAUGUUUUCUCUCAAUGUGAAACCUUUGUUUAUUUUAAACAAUAUGUUGUCUUUUAUAAAGACAGUAACUGUGUAUCCUAUGCUCUGUUAGAGUAUCAUAUGUCUUGAAGAUUGAUCCAAGUUGUGGUUUUGAUGUGUAAUCACCUAAACUAUUCACCUUAUAUUUAGGUGUUCAAAUCUAUGAUGUGACUCUGAGUCAAUGUCAAUAAAUCCCAAAAUAAUGAAAUGUAAUCAUUUGUUAUUGUCCUUGAUAUUUCCUUCUCUCUCCUGUCAUCAACAUAUUGACUGUGGACUAUAACACAGAUAUACUGUAUAAGGUCAUAAUUACUAUUGCAAUGAUUUGUCACCAUGCGUUGAAUUUGAAAUAUUGCAUCUCAAUCAAGUAAUCUACCGUGGUCCCCGUUUUUAGAAGGAACAGAAAUAGUGAUGUUUUUAAAUGUCUAAGAGGAAAAGGCCCAGGGUGUGAAAAUGAAGCUAUAGUAAGCGUUAGGGUUAUGGUUAUGGUUAGGGUUGAGCCGGGGUGUGGACAUGAAGCUAGAGAUAGUGUUAGGGUUAUGGUUGGGUUCAACCGGGGUGUGGAUAUAAAGCUAGGAUUAUGAUUAAGGUUAGGGUUAGUGUUAAGGUGAUGGCUAAAAUCCACGUCACUUGUCUCUCAUUGAUCCAAUUUAGGUCAGAACCAAGACAAGUGCUAUUCUAUAGUGCUCACUGUUCUUUAACUCAAAUAAUUUCCUUCAAUCCAAGUUUUUCAGGGAACCUUCUCUAGGACCGGAUGCUUCUUUGGUAAUUGAAGCAUAUAUAAUGGUUUCAUAGGCACCAGACUGAACUGAAUACCUAACAUGAUGCAUUAUAAUAAGGCACACUUCUAUUGUUCCUCCAUUGAGAGCAGUGAAUGGAGAGAGUGUGGGAAACCAAGGAAAACUCACUCACAGACCCCCUUUGGGACAAUAUACUCAGACCUCUGGACCCUGUAGGAUGAGGGGUGAGAAGGAAUUUCACUAGUAAGGUUUCAUCAUUUAAUUCUAUAUAUUCAAUAUAUCACAGAUAUAUCCGCUACAUCAAAAUGCUAAAAAAUCAUGAAUAGGUAGCAGCUUUUUAAUGUUUCACAUAUUGCAACCAGGGCUGUGGAAGCAGGGUGUCACGAUCGUUGUAAGAGGCAGACCAAGGCGCAGCGUGAUAGGCGUACAUCUUUUAAUGAGUACUUUACACCAACAACAAAACGAUACGUGAAGUCUAAAGGUUCACCAACACAAACCUAUACAGAACACGAUCCCACAAAAUAACAGUGCCAAACAGGCUGCCUAAGUAUGGUCCCCAAUCAGAGACAACAAGCUACAGCUGCCUCUGAUUGGGAACCACCCUGGCCAACAUAGAUAUACACGAACUAGAACACAAACCUAGAAAACUAAACAAUAGAAAAUCCACACCCUGGCUCAACAUUUAAUAGUCCCCAGUGCCAGGGCGUGACACAGGGGCUAUGUGACGGUGGUAAACCUUAUCUCCACCAGUUGAAAUUAGACAAUGAAUUGUAAGGACUGCACAAAUGUUUUUCUUUAGGUAACAGAUCAGGAAAUAUAUUAUAUGACACUUUAUACAAAACAUGAUCAACUUGUGGUAGUCCUGUGUAGCUCAGUUGGUACAGCGUGGUGCUUGCAACACCAGGGUUGUGGGUUCGAGUCCCACGGGGGACCAGUAUGACAAAAAAAGUAUGAAAAUGUAUGCACUCCCUACUGUACGUCACUCUGGAUAAGAGUGUCUGCUAAAAUGUAAAUGUCGUAUCAAAGAUUAUAAAUCUUCUAUCUAUGAAGUAUAUGCUUUAAAGAUAUUCAGUAUUCUGUCCAUUCUUGACUCUCUCUGAAUGGCGAUAUGCUGUACAAGUCUAUAUUGUAAAAAUAUUUGUAUUUACUACCUUCUUAAUUGAUGUAUGUCUGAUUUAAAAAUAAAAAAACUUUUCCCCCAGGGUCUUGAUAGGAACUGCUUGUGUAGAGAUUAAUUAGCAUUUGACAAGGCACACUUCUGUUGUUUAGUGGAAGCUAAUUUGACUCAAUAAAGAAAAAAAUUGAAUAUAAAUGAAAUUUAGAAAAAAAAUAUAUAUAUAUUUUCAUCUAUGACAAAAUGUAAAACUAUACACAGGCAUACAUUUUUGUCAGCAGUCACAUCCAUUGUGAGAUAAUAAAAUGUGACUGAAUCAGUAAUAAAGAGUUGAAACACUGUACAUUCAACAAUGUCCUCAUAGGUGGGGACAAAGUUACACUGUACAUUUAAUGUAGAGGUUCUGUGUCAGUCUCACACGUGUAAGUUGUGAUGAUGAGCGUGUGCUCUGUCAGUAUCAUUGAUCCCAACAUCAGGCAGCAGAUAUAGAGUAUAACAUUCAUUAAUGUAGUCUGAUAAAAAUGUUCAACGGAAUAAAAUGUAAUAAAUAUAUGAUUGUCAAACAGUAUGGAAGGAGCCUGUGGUAGUUUUCCCCUCCAGAAUCCAGAUGGUCUGUGAUGUCAUACUCUGUCUAUAGUACAACACAGAGCCAAUAGCCAUCACUAAUGGUCCACUGAGCAGCUUUUGUAGUGCAUUGAUCAUAGCACACAGGACUUAGUGUGGGAAACUCAGAUCAGCUCUCUACUCACACUGACCAGCAGCCUUUAGACAGAGGACACAUCUGCUACCUCCAGACUCCACUACCACUAUCAAAUCUGUGAAUACACAAACAGAAGAGCAGUAUUGCAACAUAAAUAUACCAGGGGGUGAAUGUCAACUUACUUACUACUAUACAAUAUUACGUUUUAAAUAUACAAUAUUACGUUUUAAAGGUGGCAAUGUUCUUAAAUCCCCUGUUUCAAAAAAUGUAAUAAACGUAAUCAAAUUAUUAUACAUUUUAGUCGACGCUCUUAUCCAGAGCGACUUACAGUUAGUGAGUGCAUACAUUUUUCAUACUGGCCCCCCGUGGGAAAUGAACCCACAACCCUGGCGUUGCAAGCGCCAUACUCUACCAACUGAGCUACAGGGGCCUAUAGUUUGAACCUUAUGUUAAAAUUAUAUAUAAAAUAAUUUUAGGAAGGUCUAUUCCAUUUCCAGGCACCUAAAUGCAAAUCAUAUUUUUCUAUAUUUUGAAACAAUAUUCACUUAGAAAUGCAACCAGAAAGAAAACAUAAUUUUCAUGUAGAGGAUAUGUGUCAGUCUCACACCUGUAAGUUGUGAUGAUGUGUGUGUGCUCUCUCAGUAUCAUUCAUCCCAACAUCAAGCAGCAGAUCUGGGGGUCACCAGUUUCCCAGAUUCACAGAGCGCUCUGUGUGUCACUCUCCAUCACCCCCCAUCUCUCCACCUGCUCCCUUGAGAUGUGACCAUUGUUCCCCAGCAAUAAGAACACUGAGCAUGUGGCAGCUCCACAUUCCUCAUUGUCCUCCCAAGCUCACCCAUUGGCUACAGACUGUGAGAAACUCCAACAAGCCCAAGACCCACACAUUCAUAUGCAGAUUAUGGACUAUAUAUAGGAGAGAUGAAGCCAGUAUAAUUAAGAUUCUCUCAACAAAGAGACCAGUACAGCACAGAGAUCCAGCCAUGGCACCUACAAUCGAUUCAGCUUGAUCUACUGUAAUGAGCACCGGACUCUGACCAACAAGGUAAAUUGAGUUACAAAGUGUGUUACAUUGUUUCAGUAUUUGCUUCUGGAAUACAGCCAUUCAUGUCAACUCUGUUGUAUUCAGAAUAAGAUUAUUAAUGACUCUCCUCUUCUCUUCUUGCUGCUAAGAAAGCCAGUGGUUGAAAAGUUACGCAGAGAUCGUAUCAACAACAGAAUUGGGCAGCUCAAGUCUCUCUUGGGUCCAGAGAUCCUCACCCAGCAGCCAGACUCCAAGCUGGAGAAAGCCGACAUCUUGGAGAUGACACUUUGCUUCCUGAGACGACAGCAACAGAACCAGCCAGUGAGCUCCUGCUUGGCACCUGUCAAUCAGGGAUACUCCAGGUGUGUCCAAGAGAUUGUGCACUUCCUGUCCAAGGAUGAGGUGAAGACACAGUCCCAGAGAAGACUGCUGAGCCACUUCCAGAGCCUGCAUCCAUCCUCUGAUAAGAACAGGAGGGAGAGUGACCUGCCUCAUUUGAGCUCCCCAGCCCAGCACAGCUUCAGCAAAGAGAAUCAUCCAGUCAACAGCACACUCUGGAGGCCCUGGAAGAGUCCUACAGACUGGAGGUCCACUCUCAAUCAAACUCAAUGGAAUAUGUUGGUCUAACAUUAAUGCCAUGGACAGUGAUCAGAGAUCUUCUCCAUCUUCUGCUUAAGCAGGUUGUUUUAAAAGUUGUGUUUUGAUUGAAACUUUUCAUUUCAGUUUUACUGAACAAGUUAAAAUGUUUUUGUUAUAAGAAAACGAUUAAAUCUGUGAUCACUGCAUUUUUGUAAUGUUAAUAACCUUUAUGUUUUGUGAAGCAUCAUAAUGUGUUGAUUAUGUUAAUAAUGUGUUUUUUAUUUAUCAACUUCAACUGUCCUCCAUGAGGACUUUUAACCCAAAAUGGGUAUUUUAUCAUCAAUCUUUUUGUGAUUAUCUAUUACCUAUCUGUUUAAAGGUCAACACGUAUUCAACAAUAAGCAAUUUUGUUACAACUAAAUUUUUGUAGUUAUAUGGUGAUAUUGACAUUAUAUUGAGCAUCUUCUGUGAAGUAUGUGUCAGUAUUAGUUAGGCAUUUGUUAUUGAUCAACUUGAGCUACAUCAUCACUGAUCCUCCAUGAGGAUUAUUUACCCAAACUGGGUAUUAUACCUGUUAUCAUCACUCUGUGAUUAGAAAUAAUUGAUCUGUUUUUAGAUCAGACUUUAUGUGUGAAAAUGUUGCUCACAUUAUUUGAAUAAUGUGUAUAUUGUAAAGGGGAGAAAAUGUUUUCUCUCAAUGUGAAACCUUUGUUUAUUUUAAACAAUAUGUUGUCUUUUAUAAAGACAGUAACUGUGUAUCCUAUGCUCUGUUAGAGUAUCAUAUGUCUUGAAGAUUUAUCCAAGUUCUGGUUGUGAUGUGUAAUCACCUAAACUAUUCACCUUAUAUUUAGGUGUUCAAAUCUAUGAUGUGACUCUGAGUCAAUGUCAAUAAAUCCCAAAAUAAUGAAAUGUAAUCAUUUGUUAUUGUCCUUGAUCUUUCCUUCUGUCUACUGUCAUCAACAUAUUGGCUGUGGACUACAACACAAAUCUACUGUAUAAGCUCAUAAUUACUAUUGCAAUGAUUUGUCAUGAAGUGUUUGAAGUUGAAAUAUUGCAUCUCAAUCAAGUAAUAUACAGUGGUCCCAGUUUUGAGCAGGAACAGAAAUAGUGAUGCUUUAAAAUGUCUAAGAAGAAAAGGCCCAGUGUGUGGACAUGAAGCUAGAGUUAGGGUUAGGGUUAUGGUUAGGGUUAGGGUUGAGCCGGGGUGUGGAUAUGAAGCUAAAGAUAGGGUUAGGGUUAUGGUUAGGGUUCAGCCAGGGUGUGGACAUAUAGUAAAACUAGGGUUAGGAUUAAGGUUAGGGUUAGGGUUAGGGUUAAGGUGAUGGUUAAAAUCAACAUGUCACUUGUCUCUCAUUGUUCCAAUUGAGGUCAGAUCCAAUACAAGUGCUAUUCUAUAGUGCUCACUAUUCUUUAACUCAAAUUAUUUACUCAAUCCAAGUUUUUCAGUGAACCUUCUCUAGGACCGGAUAAUUCUUUGGUAAUUGAAGCAUAUAUAAUGGUUUCAUAGGCACCAGACUGAACUGAAUACCUAACAUGAUGCAUUAUAAUAAGGCACACUUCUAUUGUUCCUCCAUUGAGAGCAGUGAAUGGAGAGAGUGUGGGAAACCAAGGAAAACUCACUCACAGACCCCCUUUGGGACAAUAGACUCAGACCUCUGGACCCUGUAGGAUGAGGGGUGAGAAGGAAUUUCACUAGUAAGGUUUCAUCAUUUAAUUCUAUAUAUUCAAUAUAUCACAGAUAUAUCCGCAACAUCAAAAUGCUAGAAAAUCAUGAAUAGGUAGCAGCUUUUUGUUUCACAUAUUGCAACCAGGGCUGUGGAAGCAGGGGCUAUGUGAACGUGGUUAACCUUAUCUUCACCAGUCAAAAUUAGACAAUGAAUUGCAAGGACUGCACAAAGUUUUUGUAUUUUGACAGGGUGUAAGAGGAAUUAGGUAACAGAUCAGGAAAUACAUUAUAUCACACUUCAUACAAAACACGAUCAGCUUGUGGUAGUCCUGUGUAGCUCAGUUGGUACAGCGUGGCGCUUGCAACACCAGGGUUGUGGGUUCGAGUCCCACGGGGGACUAGUAUGACAAAAAAAGUAUGAAUAUGUAUGCACUCCCUACUGUACGUCGCGCUGGAUAAGAGCGUCUGUUAAAACAUCAAUGUAGUAUCAAAGAUUAUAUACCUUCUAUCUAUGAAGUAUAUGCUUUAAUGAUAUUUAGUAUUCUGUCCAAUCUUGACUCUCUCUGAAUGGCGAUAUGCUGUACUAGUCUAUAUUGUCAAAAUAUUUGUAUUUACUACCUUCUUAAUUGAUGUAUGUCUGAUUUAAAAAUAAAAAUAACAUUUCCCCCAGGGUCUUGAGAGGAACUGUUUGUGUAGAGAUUAAUUAGCAUUUAACAAGGCACACUUCUGUUGUUUAGUGGAAGCUAAUUUGACUCAAUAAAGAAAAAAAUUGAAUAUAAAUGAAAUUCAGAAAAAUAUACAUAUUUUUUUAUUUUCAUCUAUGACAAAAUGUAAAACUAUUCAUAGGCAUACAUUUUUGUCAGCGGUCACAUCCAUUGUGAGAUAAUAAAAUGUGACUGAAUCAGUGAUAAAGCAUUGAAACACUAUACAUUCAACAUUGUCCUCAUAGGUGGGGACAAAGUUACACUGUACAUUUAAUGUAGAGGUUCUGUGUCAGUCUCACACAUGUACGUUGUGAUGAUGAGCAUGUGCUCUGUCAGUAUCAUUGAUCCCAACAUCAGGCAGCAGAUAUAGAGUAUAACAUUAAUUCAUGUAGUCUGAUAAAAAUGUUCAACGGAAUAAAAUGUAAUAAAUAUAUGAUUGUCAAACAGUAUGGAAGGAGCCUGUGGUAGUUUUCCCCUCCAGAAUCCAGAUGGUCUGUGAUGUCAUACUCUGUCUAUAGUACAACACAGAGCCAAUAGCCAUCACUAAUGGUCCACUGAGCAGCUUUUGUAGUGCAUUGAUCAUAGCACACAGGACUUAGUGUGGGAAACUCAGAUCAGCUUUCUACUCACACUGACCAGCAGCCUUUAGACAGAGGACACAUCUGCUACCUCCAGACUCCACUACCUCUAUCAAAUCUGUGAAUACACAAACACAAGAGCAGUAUUGCAACAUAAAUAUGCCAGGGGGUGAACGUCAACUUACUUACUACUAUACAAUAUUACAUAUUAAAAGGUGGCAAUGUUCUUAAAGCCCCUGUUUCAAAAAAUGUAAUAAACGUAAUCGAAUUACUAUAGUUAGAACAUUAUAUAAAAAUUAUACAUAAAAAAAUAAUAGGAAGGUCUAUUCCAUUUCAGUCUCACACCUGUAAGUUGUGAUGAUGUGUGUGUGCUCUCUCAGUAUCAUUCAUCCCAACAUCAGGCAGCAGAUCUGGGGGUCACCAGUUUCCCAGAUUCACAGAGCGCUCUGUGUGUUACUCUCCAUCACCCCCCAUCUCUCCACCUGCUCCCUUGAGAUGUGACCAUUGCCCCCAGCAAUAAGAACACUGAGCAUGUGGCAGCUCCACAUUCCUCAUUGUCCUCCCAAGCUAACCCAUUGGCUACGGAAUGUGAGAAACUCCAACAAGCCCAAGACCCACACAUUCAUAUGCAGAUUAUGGACUAUGUAUAGGAGAGAUGAAGUCAGUAGGAAUCAGAUUCACUCUACACAGAGACCUCUACAGCACAUAGAUCCAGCCAUGGCACCUACAAUCACUUCAGCUGUGAACUACUCUAACGAACAACUGACUCUGAGCAACAAGGUAAAUUGAGUUACAAAGUGUGUUACAUUGUUUCAGUAUUUGCUUCUGGAAUACAGCCAUUCAUGUCAACUCUGUUGUAUUCAGAAUAAGAUUAUUAAUGACUCUCCUCUUCUCUUCUUGCUGCUAAGAAAGCCAGUGGUUGAAAAGUUAUGCAGAGAUCGUAUCAACAACAGCAUUGAGCAGCUCAAGUCUCUCUUGGGUCCAGAGAUCCUCACCCAGCAGCCAGACUCCAAGCUGGAGAAAGCCGACAUCCUGGAGAUGACACUUUGCUUCCUGAGACGACAGCAACAGAACCAGCCAGUGAGCUCCUGCUUGGCACCUGUCAAUCAGGGUUACUCCAGGUGUGUCCAAGAGAUUGUGCACUUCCUGUCCAAGGAUUAGGUGAAGACACAGUCCCAGAGAAGACUGCUGAGCUACUUCCAGAGCCUGCAGCCAUCCUCUGAUAAGAACAGGAGGGAGAGUGACCUGCCUCAUUUGAGCUCCCCAGCCCAGCACAGCUUCAGCAAAGAGAAUCAUCCAGUCAACAGCACACUCUGGAGGCCCUGGAAGAGUCCUACAGACUGGAGGUCCACUCUCAAUCAAACUCAAUGGAAUAUGUUGGUCUAACAUUAAUGCCAUGGACAGUGAUCAGAGAUCUUCUCCAUCUUCUGCUUAAGCAGGUUGUUUUAAAAGUUGUGUUUUGAUUGAAACUUUUCAUUUCAGUUUUACUGAACAAGUUAAAAUGUUUUUGUUAUAAGAAACCGAUUAAAUCUGUGAUCACUGUAUUUUUGUAAUGUUAAUAACCUUUAUGUUUUGUGAAGCAUCAUCAUGUGUUGAUUAUGUUGAUAAUGUGCUUUUUAAUUAUAAACUUCAACUGUCCUCCAUGAGGACUUUUAACCCAAAAUUGGUAUUUUAUCAUCAAUCUUUUUGUGAUUAUCUAUUACCAAUCUGUUUAAAGGUCAACACGUGUUCAACAAUAAGCAAUUUUGUUACAACUACAUUUUUGUAGUUAUAUGGUGAUAUUGACAUUAUAUUGAGCAUCUUCUGUGAAGUAUGUGUCAGUAUUAGUUAGGCAUUUGUUAUUGAUCAACUUGAGCUACAUCAUCACUGAUCCUCCAUGAGGAUUAUUUACCCAAACUGGGUAUUAUACCUGUUAUCAUCACUCUGUGAUUAGAAAUAAUUGAUCUGUUUUUAGAUCAGACUUUAUGUGUGAAAAUGUUGCUCACAUUAUUUGAAUAAUGUGUAUAUUGUAAAGGGGAGAAAAUGUUUUCUCUCAAUGUGAAACCUUUGUUUAUUUUAAACAAUAUGUUGUCUUUUAUAAAGACAGUAACUGUGUAUCCUAUGCUCUGUUAGAGUAUCAUAUGUCUUGAAGAUUGAUCCAAGUUGUGGUUUUGAUGUGUAAUCACCUAAACUAUUCACCUUAUAUUUAGGUGUUCAAAUCUAUGAUGUGACGCUGAGUCAAUGUCAAUAAAUCCCAAAAUAAUUAAAUGUAAUCAUUUGUUAUUGUCCUUGAUCUUUCCUUCUGUCUACUGUCAUCAACAUAUUGGCUGUGGACCACAACACAAAUCUACUGUAUAAGGUCAUAAUUACUAUUGCAAUGAUUUGUCAUGAAGUGUUUGAAGUUGAAAUAUUGCAUCUCAAUCAAGUAAUAUACAGUGGUCCCAGUUUUGAGCAGGAACAGAAAUAGUGAUGCUUUAAAUGUCUAAGGAGAAAAGGCCCAGGGUGUGGACAUGAAGCUAGAUUUAGGGUUAGGGUUAUGGUUAGGGUUAGGGUUGAGCCGGGGUGUGCAUAUGAAGCUAAAGAUAGGGUUAGGGUUAUGGUUAGGGUUCAGCCAGGGUGUGGACAUAUAGUAAAACUAGGGUUAGGAUUAAGGUUAGGGUUAGGGUUAAGGUGAUGGUUAAAAUCAACAUAUCACUUGUCUCUCAUUGUUCCAAUUUAGGUCAGAACCAAGACAAGUGCUAUUCUAUAGUGUACACUAUUCUUUAACUGAAAUGAUUUACUCAAUCCUAGUUUUUCAUUGAAGCAUACAGUGGGGAAAAAAAGUAUUUAGUCAGCCACCAAUUGUGCAAGUUUUCCCACUUAAAAAGAUGAGAGAGGCCUGUAAAGUUCAUCAUAGGUACAUGUCAACUAUGACAGACAAAAUGAGGAAAAAAAAUCCAGAAAAUCACAUUGUAGGAUUUUUAAUGAAUUUAUUUGCAAAUUAUGGUGGAAAAUAAGUAUUUGGUCAAUAACAAAAGUUUCUCAAUACUUUGUUAUAUACCCUUUGUUGGCAAUGACACAGGUCAGACGUUUUCUGUAAGUCUUCACAAGGUUUUCACACACUGUUGCUGGUAUUUUGGCCCAUUCCUCCAUGCAGAUCUCCUCUAGAGCAGUGAUGUUUUGGGGCUGUCGCUGGGCAACACGGACUUUCAACUCCCUCCAAAGAUUUUCUAUGGGGUUGAGAUCUGGAGACUGGCUAGGCCACUCCAGGACCUUGAAAUGCUUCUUACGAAGCCACUCCUUCGUUGCCCGGGCGGUGUGUUUGGGAUCAUUGUCAUGCUGAAAGACCCAGCCACGUUUCAUCUUCAAUGCCCUUGCUGAUGGAAGGAGGUUUUCACUCAAAAUCUCACAAUACAUGGCCCCAUUCAUUCUUUCCUUUACACGGAUCAGUCGUCCUGGUCCCUUUGCAGAAAAACAGCCCCAAAGUAUGAUGUUUCCACCCCCAUGCUUCACAGUAGGUAUGGUGUUCUUUGGAUGCAACUCAGCAUUCUUUGUCCUCCAAACACGACGAGUUGAGUUUUUACCAAAAAGUUCUAUUUUGGUUUCAUCUGACAAUAUGACAUUCUCCCAAUCAUCUUCUGGAUCAUCCAAAUACACUCUAGCAAACUUCAGACGGGCCUGGACAUGUACUGGCUUAAGCAGGGGGACACGUCUGGCGUUGCAGGAUUUGAGUCCCUGGCGGCGUAGUGUGUUACUGAUAGUAGGCUUUGUUACUUUGGUCCCAGCUCUCUGCAGGUCAUUCACUAGGUCCCCCCGUGUGGUUCUGGGAUUUUUGCUCACCGUUCUUGUGAUCAUUUUGACCCCACGGGGUGAGAUCUUGCGUGGAGCCCCAGAUCGAGGGAGAUUAUCAGUUGUCUUGUAUGUCUUCCAUUUCCUAAUAACUGCUCCCACAGUUGAUUUCUUCAAACCAAGCUGCUUACCUAUUGCAGAUUUAGUCUUCCCAGCCUGGUGCAGGUCUACAAUUUUGUUUCUGGUGUCCUUUGACAGCUCUUUGGUCUUGGCCAUAGUGGAGUUUGGAGUGUGACUGUUUGAGGUUGUGGACAGGUGUCUUUUAUACUGAUAACAAGUUCAAACAGGUGCCAUUAAUACAGGUAACGAGUGGAGGACAGAGGAGCCUCUUAAAGAAGAAGUUACAGGUCUGUGAGAGCCAGAAAUCUUGCUUGUUUGUAGGUGACCAAAUACUUAUUUUCCACCAUAAUUUGCAAAUAAAUUCAUUAAAACUCCUACAAUGUGAUUUUCUGGAAUUUUUUUUCUCAUUUUGUCUGUCAUAGUUGACGUGUACCUAUGAUGAAAAUUACAGCCCUCUCUCAUCUUUUUAAGUGGGAGAACUUGCACAAUUGGUGGCUGACUAAAUAUUUUUUCCCCCACUGUAGUUGUAUAAGCUGGAAGUAGAGGCCUAAGCAUUGUUGUUCACUAGCUUACUCCAAUUAGGGAAGGGGUGGUGGGGUUGGAAAGUAAUAAAAGGUAAAUAUAUAUUUUUUAAAGGAUAUGUAUAUGUGUAUGUAUGUAUGUAUGUAUGUAUGUAUCCACCAUAUGGUGGAUUGGAAGUGAUGCAGACAAUUACAUUGAUGGAAGUUACAAUCUGCAAUAUUAAAGCUGAUCUACCCCCCUAAAAAAAAAGUAAGGUUUCAUCAUUGAUUUCUAUAUAUUUAUUAUACCACAGAUAUAUAAUCUACAUCAAAAUGUAAAAAAAAAUGAAUAGGUAGCAGCUUUCACAUAUUGCAACCAGGGCUGUGGAAGCAGGGGCUAUGUGACCGUGGUAAACCUUAUCUUCACCAGUUGAAAUUAGACAAUGAAUUGUAAGGACUGCACAAAUGUUUUUUUUAUUAUGACAGGGUAUAAGAGGAAUUAGGUAAUAGAGCAUAUCACACUUUAUACAAAACAUGAUCAGGUUGCGGUAGUCCUGUGUAGCUCAGUUGGUACAGCAUGGCACUUGCAACGCCAGGGUUGUGGGUUCGAGUCCCACGGUGGACCAGUACGGGAAAAAAAAUAUGUAAACGUAUGCACUCACUACUGUACGUCGCUCUGGAUAAGAGUGUCUGCUAAAAUGUAAAUGUAGUAUCAAAGAUUAUAAACCUUCUAUCUAUGAAGUAUCUGCUUGAAAGAUAUUUAGUACUAAGUCCAAUCUUGACUAUCUCUGAAUGGUGAUAUGCUGUACAAGUCUAUAUUGUCAAAAUAUUUGUAUUUGCUACCUUCUUAAUUGAUAUAUGUCUGAUUAAAAAAAAAAAAAAACAUUUUCCCCAGAGGCUUGAUGGGAACUGCUUGUGUAGAGAUGAAUUAGCAUAUAACAAGGCACAGUUAUGUUGUUUAGUGGAAGCUCUGUCAAUGGGCAGAGUGUGGGAAAGCUCUGGAGAGCAGAGCCUCAGUCUAGUGUCAUCAUCAUCAUCAUCAUCAUCAGUCCCAUCAGCACCUGUCUGUCUGGGAAACACCCAGAACCACUGGGGAAUAGGCACACUUAUAGAAGAGAAUUAAACAAUAGCUGUAUACAUCAGUUUCCCCAGGGUAUAAACUUAUCUUUCUUUCUCCUUCUCUUCUGUCUUCAUGUGCAUACUUAAUUUAAAUAUUAAGCUUCUCCAAAAUCGCAAUCUGAAUGUAAACAUAUAACAUAUAAAGCAAGUUGAGCAAAAAUCAUUGUGAAUAAAAUAAAAUAAAUGUAGAAAUGUACACGGAUACAGCAUAUGUUUUGCAGCAAACUUUUAGGAUAAAAUCAAGUGUGCUGGUGUUUCCCUCCAGAAUCCAGAUGGUCUGUGAUGUCAUACUGUCUAAACCAUCAUGUGUGAAACUGUGCAUACUUAAUUUAAAUAUUAAGCUUCUCCAAAAUCUCAAUCUGAAUGUAAACAUAUAACAUAUAAAGCAAGUUGAGCAAAAAUCAUUGUGAAUAAAAUAAUAUAAAUGUAGAAAUGUACACGGAUACAGCAAGUGUGCUGGUGUUUCCCUCCAGAAUCCAGAUGGUCUGUGAUGUCAUACUCUGUCUAUAGUACAACACAGAGCCAAUAGCCGUCACUGAUGGUCCACUGAGCAGCUUUUGUAGAGCAUUGAUCACAGCACACAGGACUUAGUGUGGGAACUGUCAGGAGUCACAUCUAUUGUGAUAUAAUAAGAUGUGACUAAAUCAGUGAUAAAGCGUUGAAACACUAUACAUUCAACAAUGUCCUCAUAGGUGGGGACAAAGUUACACUGUACAUUUAAUGUAGAGGUUCUGUGUCAGUCUCACACGUGUAAGUUGUGAUGAUGUGUGUGUGCUCUGUCAGUAUCAAUGAUCCCAACAUCUGGCAGCAGAUCUGGGGGUCACCAGUUUCCCAGAUUCACACAGCACUAUGUGAGUCUCUCUCCAUCACCCCCACCCUUCCACCUGUUCCCCUGAGAUGUGGCCAUUGUCCCCCAGCAAUAAGAACACUGAGCAUGUGGCAGCUCCACAUUCCUCACUGUCCUCCCAAGCUUACCCAUUGGCUACAGACUGUGAGAAACUCCAACAAGCCCAAGACCCACACAUUCAUAUUUAUAUUUCACCUUUAUUUAACCAGGUAAGCCAGUUGAGAACAAGUUCUCAUUUACAACUGCGACCUGGUAAAGAUAAAGCAAAGCAGUGCGAUAAAAACAACAACAAAGAGUUACAUGGGGUAAAACAAAACAUAAAGUAAAAAAUACAACAGAAAAUAUAUAUACAGUGUGUGCAAAUGUAGCAAGUUAUGGAGGUAAGGCAAAUAAAUAGGCCAUAGUGCAAAAUAAUUACAUUAGUAUUAACACUGGAAUGAUAGGUGUGAAAGAGAUGAUGUGCAAAUAGAGAUACUAGGGUGCAAAUUAGCAAAAUAAAGAACAAUAUGGGGAUGAGGUAGUUGGGUGGGCUAAUUUCAGAUGGGCUGUGUACAGGUGCAGUGAUCGGUAAGGUGCUCUGACAACUGAUGCUUAAAGUUAGUGAGGGAGAUAAGAGUAUCCAGCUUCAGAGAUUUUUGCAGUUCGUUCCAGUCAUUGGCAGCAGAGAACUGGAAGGAAUGGCGGCCAAAGUAGGUGUUGGCUUUGGGGAUGACCAGUGAGAUAUACCUGCUGGAGCGCAUACUACUAUGGGGGUGUUGCUAUGGUAACCAAUGAGCUAAGAUAAGGCGGGGAUUUGCCUAGCAGGGAUUUAUAGAUGGCCUGGAGCCAGUGGGUUUGGCGACGAAUAUGUAGUGAGGACCAGCCAACAAGAGCGUACAGGUCACAGUGGUGGGUAGUAUAUGGGGCUUUGGUGACAAAACAUAUGGCACUGUGAUAGACUACAUCCAAUUUGCUGAGUAGAGUGUUGGAGGCUAUUUUGUAAAUAACAUCGCCGAAGUCAAGGAUCGGUAGGAUAGUCAGUUUUUCGAGGGCAUGUUUGGCAGCAUGAGUGAAGGAGGCUUUGUUGCGAAAUAGGAGAGUGUUGUAUGGCAUUGAAGCUCGUUUGGAGGUUUGUUAACACAGUGUCCAAUGAAGGGCCAGAUGUAUACAAAAUGGUGUCGUCUGCGUAGAGGUGGAUCUGAGAGUCACCAGCAGCAAGAGCGACAUCAUUGAUAUACACAGAGAAAAGAGUCGGCCCAAGAAUUGAACCCUGUGGCACCCCCAUAGAGACUGCCAUAGGUCCAGACAACAGGCCCUCCGAUUUGACACAUUGAACUCUAUCUGAGAAGUAGUUGGUGAACCAGGCGAGGCAGUCAUUUGAGAAACCAAGGCUAUUUAGUCUGCCAAUAAGAAUGCAGUGGUUGACAGAGUCGAAAGCGGCUGCACAGUACUGUCUAUUAUCAAUCGCGGUUAUAAUAUCGUUUAGGACCUUGAGCGUGGCUGAGGUGCACCCAUGACCAGCUCGGAAACCGGAUUGCAUAGCGGAGAAGGUACGUAUGAUUCGAAAUGGUCGGCGAUCUGUUUGUUAACUUGGCUUUCAAAAACUUUCGAAAGGCAGGGCAGGAUGGAUAUAGGUCUGUAACAGUUUGGAUCUAGAGUGUCACCCCCUUUGAAGAGGGGGAUGAACGCGGCAGCUUUCCAAUCUCUGGGGAUCUCAGACGUUACGAACGAGAGGUUGAACAGGCUAGUAAUAGGGGUUGCGACAAUUUCGGCGGCUAAUUUUAGAAAGAAAGGGUCCAGAUUGUCUAGCCCAGAUGAUUUGUAGGGGUCCAGAUUGUGCAGCUCUUUCAGAACAUCAGCUGUCUGAAUUUGUGUGAAGGAGAAUUGUAUUGAGCAUAUGCAGAUUAUGGACUAUUUAUGGGAGAUAUUAAGCCAGUAGGAAUCAGAUUCACUCUACACAGAAACCUCUAAAGCACAGAGAUCCAGACAUGGCAACUAAAAUCACUUCAGCUUUGUUCUACUCUAAUGAGCACCUGACUCUGACCAACAAGGUAAAUUGAAGAAUCAAUUUCAAGGAAAUUCAUCUUAUUUGAUUGAUUAUUUAUUCGUUUCAAUAAUGCCAUAUUUCAGAAUAAGGUUAUUAAUGACUCUCCUUUUCUCUUCUUGCAGCUAAGAAAGCCAGUGGUAGAAAAGUUAUACAGAGAUCGUAUCAACAACAGCAUUGAACAGCUCAAUUCUCUCCUGGGUCCAGAGAUCCUCAACCAGCAGCCAGACUCCAAGCUGGAGAAAGCCGACAUCCUGGAGAUGACAGUUUGCUUCCUGAGACAACAGCAACAGUACCAGCCAGUAAGGUCCUCCUCCUGCUCAGCACAUGUUAAUAAGUGUUACUCCAGGUGUGUCCAAGAGAUUGUGCACUUCCUGUCCAAGGAUGAGGUGAAGACACAGUCCCAGAGACUGCUGAGCCACUUCCAGAGCCAUCCUCUGAUAAGAACAGGAGGGAGAGUGACCUGCCUCAGUUGAGCUCCCCAGACCAGCACAGCAUCAGCAAAGAGAAGAGUCCAGUCAACAGCGCUCUCUGGAGGCCCUGGUAGAGUCCUGCAAAUUGGAGCUCCACUCAGACAAACAUAAUGGACCAUGUUGGUUUAACAUUAAUGUCAUGGACAGUGCUAAAGAGAUGUUCUUCAUCGUUUGCAGUGAAUGA